AUGAAACUUCGCGCACUGCCGCAGUCUUUCUGGCAGCAACCGAACGAGACGAGCGGAGUGUCACCGGGCAUCGUGAUGCCAGUCCUGCCGCCGUUGUUCAAGCACGACACGCAAGAAGACCUCACAUCGGUACGACCUCUGACUCCUCCCGAGGGGUCUGUAGAGCGUAGGCCCCGGUCCCCGGAGCGAGUUGUCCGAGUGAAGAACACCGAGCCUGCUCAUCGGCGGCUCUUCGACGAGGUCGACCCAGAGAGGAGACCCAUGGCUCCCGUGGUCAAGAGGGGGAAGCGUGACCUCAAGGUUGGUCGCUUCUGA